AUGGGUGAUGAGUCAGUACCAUUUUUGCUGGACCAAGGAACCACUAAAACAUAUCAAAUACCUAUUGGUCAUCUGGACUACAAGUUCAUUGAAAAAUGCACAGAUGUUAAACACCUGGAAAAGAUUCUGAGGGUAUUAAGGUCUGGUGAAGAGGGAUGUUAUCCUGAACUUACCUUGUUUUGUGAAAAGCGUAUUGAGCAUUUAGAUCCAAGGAGCAAAGCUCUGAGAAAAGACAAGCCUGCAGCCACGGCUUCUGAUUUCACUGCUGAAGAAUGGGAAACAAUUAAUGGUGAACUGAUGAGCUGGCUGACAGAAAUGAAUGAAGAUGAUAAGAAACGACAGUUCCUGAGAACAGACACACUGCAUGAAAGAGAAGAUAACUUGCCUCCUAUUCGUUGUUCCAGCAGCUGUCUUCCUGCUAAUCAGAACAAAAAAUUACAAAACAAACAGAGAAACAAGAAAAACAUACCACGGGAUUACAGUGAAUGGGACAAGUUCGAUGCGGAAAAGGAGUGUUCUAAAAUUGAUGAAGGCUAUGAAGAAAAUAACUCAAAAGCAAGAUUAUUUAGUAGGCCAAGUCUACCUAUAAUCAAAAAGAAAAUAGACACAACUGGCAUGACAGAGAAAGAGAAGAUUUUUAUUGCUACUCGUGAAAAAGAAAAGGGCAAUGAAGCCUUUGCCAUUGGCGAUUAUGUGGAAGCAGUGACUUAUUACACUCGGAGUGUAUCAGUAAUACCCACCGCAGCUGCAUAUAAUAACAGAGCUCAAGCAGAAAUCAAACUUCAGGACUGGUACGGUGCUUUGCAGGACUGUGAGAAGGUGCUAGAUAUGGAACCUGGCAACAUAAAAGCUCUGAUGCGCCGUGCCACUGUACACAGUCAGCUGCAGAAUUACCAGACAGCUAUAGAGGAUCUGAACAAAGUAUUAUGUGUUGAACCAGAGAAUGCUAUAGCUAAGAAAAAUCUGCUAGAGAUUGAAAAGAAACUGAAAGGUUUAAAGACUGUAUCUGAGACUCAAGGCAAAGGAAAAAGAAUACUUAUUCAAGAUAUAGAGGAUUCAAAAGGUGAUGAAGAAAGAGGGGAAAAUAUAGAAGAACGUGAAAGAAGUGGUGGAGAUAAAAAAGUUGGCGUGCCAGUGCCAGGAGAGGCGGGUGCGGAGGAGGCUGCGAUGGGGAACGCGCAGAGAAAGUUUCAUAGCAAAGGAGGUGGCAGUAAGGCGGAAGACAGAGAGACACAGAAGCAGAAGGAAUCCACUGAGAGCGGAUUAAAAAAAGGCACAUCAGAGGAAAAACCACCCAAGCAUUUGUCUGACCACGAAGGUGAAGUUAACGGCUAUUUACACAGGGAUCAAAAGAGUGAAAGCCCUGAACCUGAGAUCUCCAGAUCGCAUGGAGCAGGGUCUCAGUCGGCUGGUGGUGGCAGUUCUACUUCACUUCCUCCUACUGCAGCAAAACUAAAAAGUGAAGGAAACGAGUUAUUUAAGAGUGGACAGUUUGGAGAAGCUGUGCUCAAAUACUCGGAAGCAAUUGAAUAUGUCAUCGGUCUAGGGGAACAAAGUCCAGAUGAUUUAAGUAUCUUGUACUCAAACAGAGCAGCGUGUUACCUCAAAGAAGGCAACUGCAGUGACUGCAUUCAAGAUUGUAACAGAGCUCUGGAGCUUCAGCCAUUUUCCCUUAAGCCUCUUCUACGACGAGCGAUGGCACACGAGUCUAUGGAGCGGUAUCAACAGGCUUAUGUUGAUUAUAAAACAGUCCUACAAAUAGACAGCAGCAUCCAAGCAGCAAAUGAUAGUGCUAAUAGAAUAACAAAGACUUUAAUAGAUCAGGAUGGUCCCAGUUGGAGGGAGAAACUGCCACCAAUUCCAGUUGUCCCAGUUGCUGCUCAGCUACACAGGUGGGAUGGAGGAAACCUUCCUUCAGAGAAUAAGCCAAGAAGUACUACAGAGACCAACAGAGAAGAACAGUUGCAAAUGAAUC